AUGGAAUUAAAGCAAAUUACAACAAUAAGUGCUAAAACUGAUCUUGCUUUGUAUGGAAAAAGAACUAUUUACUUUAAUUUUUUAGAUGAAAAUUCAUAAUACAUCAAAAAGUCUGAUAAUAUUAUAGAUACAAAUAAAAUGGCUAUUAUUAUGAGUUAACUAGAAGAUAGCUAUCUAUUAGGGAGUGUAGAUAAUGAUGAUAAUACUAAAAUACAUAGUUUCUUAUCUUAAGAUGGAGUUUUUUGGAUUAAUAAUUUAUUCAACAAUCCAUUUAGUGUUUAUAAUUUCACAUAAAAUUAAGUAAUUCAAGACAUUAAUUUACAAAAUAAUAAAAUUGCAGUCUAUGAUAAUUUCACAUAAAAUUUAAUCAUUUACGAUAUUAUUAAAACUAAUAAUGAAUUAGUUGCUAUAAAGUUAAAUUUUACAUUUGAUCUCACUAUAACUAUUGUUGAUUGGAAUUUAGUAUCCUUCAUAUGGGUAAAAGAAAAUGUCUUUUAUCUAUAAAAGACAUAAAAUUAACCAUAGACAUCAAUAAUUAUAGAAUUAGAAUCUCAAGUUAUUAAAUACUACUACUGUUCAAAUUAACAAACUUUAGUCGCUCUCACUUCUGAUAAAAUGGUUUAUUCAAUAAAUGUAUUCGCAAAGACAUAUUAAUGGUUAGAAUAUAUUUUCUAAACAUCUUAGCUAGGUUUUUUUGUUCAGUGUGAAGAUAGCUAGAUAGUAUUUUAUUAUCCAUAUGUUAAAAUUUUUGAUUUAGUUUCAGUAGAAAGAUUAGGAUACUUUGAAGAUAACUUGUACGAUAUAGGAAUGGUAUAUAAUAUUGAUAAUUAUAAAAUAUUGGUUGGACUAACAGGAUCAUUAAAAUAAGUAAACAUUAUUAGCAUUCCAGGAAAAUAAUAAUUAUUCCUUUACGAAUGUGUUGGAUAAUUUGCUAAAAAUGCAGUUUAUUAUUAUUAAGAAUAAACUAGCUUGAUAGUAGUUGAUAGCAGUCCAACUAUUUAUCUGUUUAAUUAUUUAACCCUGAAUGUUACAAACUUUAGAAUUGAUAUAAAUAACAUCCAAGGCGUUUUGAUGGAUAAAAACAAGAAUAUAGCUUUUUUAUAUUCAAAUUAGCUUAUAUUAACAUUUUAGUUUCCUAGUAUUUUAUCUAAAUACGCAGUAGUCGUUGAUGAUUGUUUAGACUUAUACAAAUAUAAUUGCUUUUGA